AUGUUCAUCACAUACACGCACGUGGACCAGAUAAAGUCGCGCGCCAAAAAAUGGCAGGUCAACUCGUACCAGAACCAGCGCCGCAGGGAACUCAAGGACAGGUCGGCCGGCUCCCAGAGAACUAGAGUAUUGCCUUGGCAGCAGAUUCCCCGGCGAUCUGGUGGUGCGAGGGGUGUUUCGGAUCAUGGUGGCGUCGAAGGCGAUGAUCCGCAUGGAGCUGUGAUCCCCUUCGAGGCCCCCCUACCAACAUCUCCAGGGAGUUUGCGCUCGGAUCCUUUCAAUUCAUAUCCCAUGCAAUCCUCCGGCCGAGUGCAGUUGACUGUGGACUACUUCACCCAGAUAUACGCGCCCUUGAACGCAGGCAACUACCGGGACGACCAAGGGGGCAAUUGGCUCUUGUCGUACCUCUUCCGGGUCGCCCUCCAGGCUGAUCUGCUGUUUGAGGCGACCAUCCUGUUCAUAUGGAGCCAGCUGCCUGCGAGCCAGCUGACGUCUUCUCCGGAAGAGCUCGAACGAAUCUUGAUAAGCCUUCGAGGGAGCGUGAUGCGGAAGCUCCAUCAUCGUCUGACCGUGCCGCAGCUGUGCUGCGACGAUGUGACCAUUCAUACUAUCUUGGCGUUGAUGGCCGGAGAUUUUCAUCGAGGACAAGAUGACCACGUCGAGCUACACCGAGAAGGACUGCGUCGCGUGGUGGAGCUCCGUGGCGGAAUGGAGAAGAGUCACCUUCAGCCUCAGACCCGAUACUCUGUCACUGCGACUGAGAUGAUGUGCGACUAUGCGAUCCGGAGGCGCAAUCGCUCGCCCAAGACCAACAUCACACCCGAUAGCACGCUGACGUAUCCACGCCAUCCAUUCCCGCCGUCUCUGUCCAAAGUCUUGUCGGCUUUGCCUGAAGGGUUCAGCGACAUGGCCCUAAAAACGCUUCUGUCGAAUCAAGUGAUUCGUCUUCUAUACCGUAUGACCAAGACCGUCGAGAAAAGCCCUGCGGAGUUUCCCGAAGACACGUCUAUCGCGGUGGAGAUGAUGCGGUUGUCCAUGGAAUCCAGCGCCAGCCAACUCGAGAAGGCCAUCGUCACGCUUAGUUUCGCAUUCAGACGGUUCCUCUCCGACGUGACCGCGAAAGGCCGCCCAGUCAACAGCUCCAGGCGAGCGUAUCAGUCCAUGGAGGAAUCGUUGCGCGCCCUGGGCCAAUCGAUCUUUGGACUUUUCGAGAAGGCCGGUCCGGACUUUAUCGUUUGGGCGGUCUUCCUCCUCGCUUCCCCCGGGUUCGACUACGGCGUGCCAGCAUCCACGCGGGACGAGCUGCUCCGAAAACUCCAGGCCAAAAUCUCGGCUGUGAGACGGUUUGAAUCGUUUCUGGCAAUGCUGAGGAAAUUCCUGUGGCAUGAGAAGCUCGUGCCAUGUGCAAAGGAGACAUGGGAAAGGAUGGUGGAAAGAAAGAGAUGA